AGCGAUGUCGAUGAGCGUCGCCUCUGCAGCGAGAGAAGGCGGAGGUCCAGAUGGAGUUCCGCCAAUUCAAGCGGUACGCCGAGGAGAGGAUGUCUCACGAUCAGGAAGAGAUCGCCGAGCUCGAAGAACUCCUCUUCAAGCGAGAUCUCGCGAUCCAAUCCCUAACCAGCGAAAUCCAAGCCUACAAGCAUCGCCUUGUAAACUUCGGUUUCGGCCCGAUCAUCUCCGAGCCUCAUACUCCCAACGCCCUCAACGCUGCAGCCGCCGCCUUCGAUUACCCUCCAUUGAGAUGCAAGAUACCGGAUAAUAACGAAGAAACAAGCACGGAUCUUGAUAAGUACGCGUUUGGUGAAACCCCAAGGGAUCAAAUACAGAAUCUUGAGCAGAGGAUUACGCAGAUGGAGAUUCAAGAAAAAGGGGUGGUGGGUUUCUCCCCUCAAAAGCCUCAGCAUGCGAGGAAGUUAUCGACAGAGAGCCCUGUGUCGAGCUUGUUUCCGGUGAAGGAUGACAUCAGCGAUAGGGUUUAUACUGUGGACAGAGUGCAUUAUUGUGGGCCGGAGAGUUAUAUAAGCCCACCGAGGGAGAUUGAUAUAAAGGAGGAGAAGGUGGAGAAAGAGGAGGAGGAAAUUAAGAUCUUGAAUUUGAGGCUGCAGGCGCUGGAAGCGGACAGGGAGACAAUGAGGCAGACGAUGCUAACAAUGGGGAAGGACAAGGCGCAGCUCAUCUUGUUGAGGGAGAUAGCUCAGCAGCUGUGUAAGGAGGUUACGCCGCAGGCACAGCAAAACACCAACAACAAGAUGGUUAAAAAGCAUUCUUUUAUCAGAAGUUUUUCCAUUGUUACGGCGAUAAAGUGGAUCACUUCAUUUCUUUUCUGGAGGAGAAGAGUAUCAAGAACCAAGUAUACGUUUGGAAUAACAAACAACAAUGCUGGCUUACUGCUGCUUUUAGAUAAGAAGCCCCGUCUGAGGCGGAGGCAGAGCCUCUCAAGAACACUCAGAUGACCAUGGCCUUGUGUCCUUCAAGAUUUCUUCUUGAGGUCAAUUUGAACAUAGUAAUCAGUUGGAGAUGUAUUCUUGUAUGAAUCCUAGUGGAUUGCAUAUCUAACAUUCAGCUUGUUUUUCCCCCCUUCUGUUUUCCCUCUCUUUCAUUUGUUGCUCAGGCUCAGAGGUUCUUUGCUUGAGAUCCACAUGGUGCAUUAUGUAGAGUAUUUUACCCCAUGAGAGAUGUAUAGUAGAGUGAUUGAAGUUUGGCUCUUUUUUCCUGUAAUCACGUGUAGGCUGUUGAAUAGAGAUAAAUAGUAUGGUGACUGAAUUUGCCUCUUCAUCUGUGUUAUAUCUCGUGUUAUAAAAUUUUGUGGUUAUUAUUGGGCACUAGGUUUUGAAGUAGACAUAACAAGUAUUCUGAAGCUUAUAUUUCUGCAGGCAAUGAUAUCCUCAAGUUCUCCUGAUACUGUAAAGGGCCACGUAGGAAUCACAUGGUUUCCCAUAAUUUCUCAUAAAAGACACAUGAUUUCUCAUAAAAGACACCACAGCACUCAUACACACAAACACAGAGAAUGUCUAUCUUGUUAAGCUUCAUGGUCCUGCCUCCGUCUUUGUCAAGGUUGCGUCUGUAGUAGCCUUAGUUUCCAUGUUAAAUGCCGGCUUCUCUGAAGUCAGAGGCAAAAAUAUUCCAUACUCCCAAGUUUUUUUUAAACUCGAGUUCACCAGAAAACAGGAAGGAAACUAAAGUAGCAAGCAGGAUUGGGAUGCUUGUGGGAUACACACCAGCACUUGCUGCAAGCCUUGGCUCUCUUACAAUUCUCAGCAACCCUGGAUCAAAGUGUUUGUUACUCAGUUCUGCACUCAGUCGUCUUCACUUCUUCAAGAGAGUAUUUGAGGUCCUGUUCAUUCAUAGCUAUAGCGGCUCAAUGAUGAUCGAUUCAGUGGUUUUUAUAUCAUUCACCUACUGCACCACCUCCAUCAUCAUGAUUUAUGCACAAUAUCUCUGUCAAGAAGUAGCAGAGCCUGUGAUCGACUCGAAGUAUCCUGGGGUUGCUUUGUUUCUUGUAGGGAUCAUUGGCAACUUCUACCAUCACACCAUCUUCUUUCGAGACUAAGGGAGAAGGAUGAUAAAGGAUACAAGAUUCCUAAAGGGGGAAUGUUUUGGUUCGUGAUUUGCCCACAUUAUCUCUUUGAGAUUAUAGAGUGGAUAGGAGUUGCAUUGAUCUCUCAAACAGUGUUUGCCUUCUCCUUCGCCUUGGGCUCUAUGGUAUAGUUGAUGGGCAGGAGUUAUGCAACAAGGAAGUGGUAUCAGUCUAAGUUCCAAAACUUCCCUAUGGAGGUCAGGGCUUUGAUUCCCUAUGUCUUCUAGAGAAUAGAAAGACUAGAAGAACUUCAUUCAUGAGCAAAGCAGAUACUCUAGAGAAGAAAGUGGAGGUUGUUUAUAUUGUUUAGAGUUAUAUUAGAUAACACUGCAUGUUGAGUAUGAGCAUUUCAAAAUAUCUCUACUAUCAUAACCCCAAAAUUUUCUGUGUUUGUGUGCCCAUGCCUUAUCAUCAUGUGAAGAUGCAGAAAUAUUAAAUGGCAUCUUGUUAAGGAAAGAA